GGGGCAUGAUUAAACAGUAACGUGGUUAAUUAUCUAUCUUGAUAUGGUUUCCAGGCGGAACGAUGAACCUCCACUUGAUAAAGGUCACAUUCCUUGGCUUGGGCAUGCACUGGCAUUUGGUAAAGAUGCUGCCAAGUUCCUGUCUGAGAUGAAAGAGAAGCAUGGCGAUAUUUUCACGGUUAAAGUUGCAGGAAAAUUUGUAACUGUCUUAUUGGAUCCGCAUUCCUACGAAGUGGUGCUUUGGGAAUCAUGUGCCAAGCUGGACUUUGGCCAAUAUGCACGUAUUUUAAUGAAACGGAUGUUUGAUGUGACGCUCCCCAAUUAUGAUUCUAACAAGGAAAAGGCCAUGCUAAGACCCACUCUGAAGGACAAAAACCUUGACAGCCUGACUAAGGCCAUGUGCCUUAACUUACAAAACAUCCUGCUUCCUGGCCCUGAUUGCGCCGGUAGACAGUGGAAAGAGGAAGGUCUGUUUCAGCUCUCCUACAGCACUAUGUUCAGAGCUGGAUUCCUGACAUUGUAUGGAAAUGAAAGCAAGAAUUAUGAAGAUGUUAAUAGUCAAGAUAAAGAUCGAACUCAUUCAAUGGAAGUUUAUAAUGCAUAUUAUAAAUUAGACCGAUUUUUGAUGAAAGCUGCCCGGUCAACUUUAAGUGCAGGGGAAAAGUUGAAAUUUUACAACAUCAGGAAGGAUCUCUGGAAUUUUUUUUCUAUGGAAAGACUGGACAGCAGAGCGAACCAAAGUGUUUGGUUGGACAGUUAUAAGGAACACUUGGUAGACCUUGGUGUGAAUGAAGAUAUGCAGACUAGAGCCAUGGUGCUGCAACUCUGGAGUACUCAGAGUAAUGCUGGUCCAGCAGUUUUUUGGCUUCUCUUGUUUCUUUUGAAACAUCCUCCAGCCAUGGCAGCAGUUCAAGCUGAAAUGGAAAAACUAUUUAGAAACAGACGAUUAACAACCAGGCCAAUUUGUGAGAUAAUCAAUCAAGACGUUUUGGAUAGCACACCCAUUUUCGACAGUGCUUUGAAUGAAACCCUGCGUUUGACAGCAGCUCCUUUUAUCAGCCGAGAGGUCCUUCAAGACAUGGCCCUGAGACUGGCAGCUGGCAGAGAGUAUCACCUGAGGAAAGGAGAUAGGCUUUGCCUCUUUCCAUUCAUAAGCCCUCAGAUGGACCCUGAAGUCUACGAGGAGCCAGAGAAGUUCAUAUACGAUCGGUUUCUCAAUUCAGACGGCACAGAAAAAAAAGACUUCUAUAAAGGAGGAAAAAGGCUCAAGUAUUACAAUAUGCCAUGGGGAGCAGGAGUAAAUGCCUGCAUUGGGAAGUUCUUUGCAAUUAAUAGCAUCAAACUAUGUGUUUUCCACCUCUUAAACUGCUUUGAUUUGGAACUGAUAGAUUCUGCUAAGAAGAUCCCAGGCUUUGACAAGGAGAGAUACGGUUUUGGAAUGCUGCAGCCAGAAACGGAUGUCAGAAUUCGAUAUAAAUUGAAAGCCCAGUAAAGCGAUGGCCCAUUUCUUCAAUCAUUCUGUCUAGUGCAUAAUGCACAAACAAACUAUGAUUGUUAGUUUCUAUUGGAAUUGAUUUGGGGGCCCCAUUACUAAAAGGAUGGCAAAUGUCUAAUCCUAGACCAUAUUCUGCCUUCCAAUUUCCUGAACCUGUUCUUCCCUUGUGAAGGUGGCUUCAGUUUUUCUACCUCAUUCUCAGAACAUUUCAAGAAGAAAUUCAUUGUAAUAUAAGCUACUGAGGGUAAGGCUGUUACUUUUUCAGUUUAACCUCUCUCCAUCACUCUGUAGCCUCUCAGGCUUACAAUGACUUUUCAUCUGAAAAAAGCAAAGGGGGGAUGGGUAGACUGUAGGAGGAAUACUUCACAAUGUAGUACAAGAUCCUGAUACAAUAUUUCUGUUCUCGUUGAGUACAAUUAUAACGGAAUUAAUGCAAAAACACCACACUCCUUUUAUAUGGAUUUUAAUUGAGAUUCCUUUGUGUAGUAAAAAAAAAAAAAAAAGCAAAAGCACUUUAUUUUUUUAUCAGUUUGAAUUCAGAAAAAUAUUUUGGCCCAGUGCUUCUUUUGUCUUUCUCAACUAUGAUCCUCCAGAUAUUCUGGCUGGGAAUUCUGAGAGUUUGUAAUUUAAUGCACCUUUAAAGCAUCAAUUUAGAGAAGCCUGAUUUAUGUUUAGCUAUGUAAAUGCAUUUUACGCUGUUCUGCAAGUUGCUAAUAUUCAAAGGUUUUUGCAAACCAGUAUUUCUGUAUAUAUAUGUUGAUGCAGGUAGGCAAUUUCAAAUAGUAUAUACAGUAUGUGCAUAAAGCAUUUAAAUUGGCCUUUUGUGACAUGUUAGGAAGCCAACUAAGUUCUGAGUUCAUGAACAGUGAAUAAUAAAUA